AUGCGGUCCUCCUGGAUCUGGAUCGCUGCCACAUUCCUCACUUCCGCACACUCAAUCACAGCACCCUUCUCCCCGGCCGAAGAAGCGGUCAACCGCCGAGCCUUCGAGGUUCUCCGCAUUCUGCAGCGAGCCGACAACAACUGCCCCAGCGGCACAAACCCAUGUACAGAGCUCGGCAACGCCAACGCCUGCUGUAGACAAGGCACCAACUGCUCGCGAGAUGCAGCCGACAAUAUUGCCUGUUGCGCGACCGGCGCAAGCUGCACGGGAAGUCUGACGGGGACCAAGACUACGGAUUCAACGACCAACUUCAUGUUCCCGAAUGCCGCGACCGCAACCGCAACCGCCGACGCCAAUACCGAAUCGACAAUCGACGGUGCCUACCCAUUCGUCUACGUCCCGACUGCCUUCAGCAACCCCCAGACUUGCUCGUCAUACUACUCUGUAUGUCAGUCGGAGUAUGCGCAGUGCACAGGUGCUCUGAUGGGUCGGUAUGCCGUGACGAUUGGCGGAGAGGGAGAUGGCAAGACCAUUCAGGCGGUGACAGCUGCGUCGCAGGCGACUUCCAUUUGCUCAAGUUUGAGUGUCGAUGCCUGCCAUGGGAUCAACCUGAAUUACUGCGGCUCUGUCGCGACACAGACCGGUGAUUCUGAAGCAGCCGGGAACCAUGCUGUGAUUCGCUCGACCAGUUUGCACGAUCUGGCUCUCGGACUCUUCGUUGGAGUGGCUGGAAUGUUUAUAUGA